AUGGUAUCAACGAGAGGUGUUCGAUAUAAAUUCACUGAAGGUGAACGUGUUUUAUGUUACGAACCCGAUCCAACAAAAGCCAAAGUUUUGUAUGAUUCUAAGGUCUUGGAAGUAAUAGAAAGUAAAGACAAACGUGGUCGCCGUACAGUGGAGUACUUAAUUCACUUCCAAGGAUGGAAUUCCUCUUGGGACCGUUGUGUAAGUGAAGAUUUUGUUCUGAAAGACACAGAGGAAAAUCGACAGCUACAAAGGGAUCUUGCUGAAAAAUCACAGCUUCAAUUAGGAGCAUAUUUAUACAGAAGAGAACGCAAAAAAGGUAAUAGUACAAAUUCAGGCUCAGGUCCAGCAAAGCGACCAAGACAUGGAUUUAGUGAUGAUGGUUCUUCUACAAGUACCCAACCUGAUGGUGACGAAGGUGAAACAGGGGAUACAGAUUCAUCAUCAGGCUCAGGUUCGAGUAACCAACCUAACUCUCCACCCAAUUCACACAAUGGUAGAGCGAGUAUAGUAUUACCAUCUGCUCUGAGAGACCGGCUAACGUUCGACUACCACCUGGUGGUGAAGCGCGGGCGGCUGUCGCGGCUGCCGGCGGUGCCGAGCGCGGCGCAGAUCCUCGAGUCGUUCGUGAAGUGGUUCGCGCGCGCCGGCGCCUGGAACCCGCCGCGCGCGCGCCACGACCCCCACCACCGCCCCGACAUGCUGGAUGUUUCUUGCAGAUUAAAUUUACUAAGGGAAGUGGCAGAUGGCUUAAGGGUGUACUUUGACUUUAUAUUAAGAGGACACUUGUUGUACAAACAAGAACUUGACCAAUACUACGAGAUAUGUGGACAAUAUAUUGACGAUUCGAUUGUUUCCAGACCGGAAAUAAAAACAGAGCCCGAAGACGAAGAGGAUGAAAACCAAGACGUGUCCCAGGACGAGGCCACGGCGUCACUCGAGGAGGACAUGAAGAGUCCCAAGAUACCGGAGUACUCGCACCUGCCGCCCGACCCCAACCCCGACCCCCACCCCGACGCCCGCCCCGACCCCCGCCCCGACCCCCGCCCCGACCCCCAGCCGGACCCCCAAUCGGACCCCCGCUCCAACCCCCGACCCGAUCCCCGACCCGAGCCGCAUCCCGAGCUGCACUCCGGAGAGAAUGGAGAAGAAAACCAUGACCACAACGAGAUGGAAAACGAUACAGUCGAAAACGACGCGGAAAGAGAUGGCGAAAUUGAGCCCAAAGUAGAAGUGGAGUCGGAGGCAGAGGCGGAAGUGGAGAUGGAGGAGGAAAUGGAGAAGAAAGUGGAUAAUGGCACCAGAGCCAGGACUUCCCCGAGGCUCGACCGCGAGGCGCGCGCCGCACUGCGACAUCAUAAUCUUGCUAGAAGGCUCCGUUCACACAAAUCAGCUGUGUCACAAUCAGAAAACGAGGAACCAGCGCCGUCUACAUCCACGGGGGAACAACGGACUUUCGAAACUCUAUCGUCCAGCGUGGGCAGCAGCGGCUCGUCCAUGAGCGAGGGCUGGGCGCGCGCGCGCGCGCCGCCGCCCGCGCCGCCGCCGCGCAACCCGCUCUCGCAGCUACUCGACAAGGUGGCAAAAUGGCAAAUUAUUCCUCGAGAAGAUACAGAGCAUCUACCUUGUAGAGUUUAUGGGGCCAUCCAUCUCGCCAGACUUUUUGUAAAGCUACCUGAUUUUUUAAACGCGACACAGAUGCCAGAUUUUAAAUUAAAGUUAAUCUUAAAACAUAUAGAUAUGUUUGUGCAGUAUUUGGAUGAACAUACUGAGUGGUUUGGUGAAAUGUACUAUGUGACAGACGGAGUGUCGCGGUCACAC